AAACAGUAUUUAUUAGUUCAAUAAAUCUGUUCGCAUACAUGAGCAUCAAUAAUGUCAAAAAUUAAUGAUUUCACAGACUAUAAUAGUCCCAUAUCAACUGUAAAUGAUGGUAACACAUUCAAUGUCAAUUCUCAUCCAUUUUUGGAUGAAUUAAAGUAUCAUAGUUCAACUCUGAAAACACAUAAUGCACAUCUUAAAAAACUCCAAAAGCUUGGAAUCAAUCUUCUGUCACUCACAGAUGAAACGAUCAAUGAUCAAUUAAUGCAAAUAAAAAAAUCCGGAGCUGAUAGUAAGGAACUUUCAAAUAAUUACGUUAACGGAAUUUACGCUACAAUAAGACGACUUAGACCAUCGUUAACCAAAACGCGUCGUGAAUUAGGCCUUCACCUACAGAAUAAACCAAAUUCUAUUCAUCGUGAUCAAGAUACAUUCAUGGGCACCAUGAAAAUGUUACUCGACAUUGUUAAAGAUGUUACAGAAACAAAUAUUUUAGAAUGUACUAGACUUCGACCAAGACGAAUCGUCGAUACUCAAAUUGCUAUUGUGUUGACUUUGUUAACGAAUUUGCGGUCGAGCGAAUUGAUGCAAUUACAGGUCAAACACAUAAAUAUGAUCGAUAGAGAACUUCCAUUAUCUAUUCACACCAAGCACCGGAAUACGUCUAUCAAGAUCUUAAGAAUGGGUAAACUAUUCGAUGGUAUGUAUCCGCAAAUUGUGAAGUUGGCAUUACAUCGCGAUAAGUUAUACAACAGCACAACGGAUUCAAAUUUUUCCGCGACGUUAAAACAAAAUACUGUGGUACAAAAUACGUUUUUGAUUUCUUGUAAGAUUGAUACAAUCAAUAAAGUAUUGCGUGAAUUUUAUGAACGUAGCAAUGAAAAGAAACCCCCUUAUGCCUUGGGAUUAAAAUCUAUUCGCACUCUUAAUACGACAAUUAUGAUUACUCACAACGAGUUAUUAUUAGCUCAAACAUUAAAUAGACAUCGAGAUCUAAACGUUACACUCAAACAUUAUAAUUCUUCUUGUUUUGAAGAAAAAAUUGCCGAUGCUUACGUAAAAUUAUAAAAAUGGAAGUAGGUUUAGUUGAACGUGUGUGUAUAUUUACAUUUUAGUAAUGAAAAUUUUUCAUUUUUAUAGAACAUAAUAAUUAUGUUGUAUAUUUUUUAACUUUUCGCUAUUAAAAUGAUUGAUUCUCUUUGAUUACUUUUUUCAACUCGAUUCUCGAAAAUUGAGUUCUUAUCAGAUCUUUUCGCUUACAGUCCUUAAAAGUUAUUAUCGAAGUUUCAAUGGUACCUAGAAUUAUAGUAAAUACUCUGCAUAAAAGAAAUGUCGUAAAAUCACGGCAACAGUUGGAUAUUACUAUAGUCAAACUGGCUAGCUUGUUUACUUAUGUUAUACAGCCAAUUCAAACUGCUUAUGCUGUAAAGUAACUCUGACAAUACGGUAAAAUAACUAUAAAAGUGUUGCUUUUUUAAUAGAAAAAAUUCUAUAUAAUAACCGAUAUAAUAGGAUUGUGUUAUUGUCAUAAUAUCGUAUACAUUUAGCAAUAAUUUGGU